CGUGAAGGUUUUAAUUACUGAUGAGUCGGUAGGUACUGGUGAGGAUAGAGACAAGAGAGAGAGAUGGAGGUGAACCAAAUACUUCACAUGAACAAAGGAGAUGGCAAGACUAGUUAUUCUCAAAACUCCCAAGUGCAGGGCAAAAUAUUAUCGGUUGCAAAGCCAAUCAUUCAUGAAGCCGUGCUAGAAAUAUUGAGCUCAAAUAAUAUAGAGAGCAUGGGGAUUGCCGAUUUGGGUUGCUCAUCUGGACCCAACACCUUUCUGCCCAUCUCCUACAUCAUGGAUGCCAUACAUGCGAAGCGCAGCAGCCUCGGCCUCCAGCUGUCCCCAUCAUCAACAACAGAGUUCAGAGUGUACCUCAAUGACCUCUUCAGCAACGACUUCAACACCAUUUUUAUGUCACUUCCUGCAUUCUACAACAACUUGAAACAAGAGAAAGGUCCUGAAUUUGGGUCGGUCUUUGUUUCUGCCGUGCCCGGUUCGUUUCACGGUAGGUUGUUUCCGGCCAAGACUUUGCAUUUUGUGCACUCUUCUUGUAGUAUCCACUGGCUCUCUCGGGUCCCCCCUGCCCUCAGCAACACCCCGGCGGAGGCAGCUGGCUCGGCCUUGAACAAGGGAAAGAUCUACAUUUCUAAGACCAGCCCUCAAUGCGUUUUGGACGCAUAUUCACUUCAGUUUCACGAAGACUUUUCAUCGUUUCUUAAGUCCCGCGCUGAAGAAGUAGUUGGCGGAGGACGAAUGGUGUUGUCACUCAUUGGCAGGCCUUCCUCUGAUCCCACAACUCGAGAGAGUUGCGACCAGUGGGAGCUCUUAGCCCAUGCAUUAAUGACCCUGGUUUCUGAGGGUCUUAUUGAAGAGGGAAAGGUUGAUGCCUUCAACAUUCCCUAUUAUGCCCCAUGUGCAGAGGAAUUGAAAUUGGAGGUACAGAAAGAAGGGUCGUUCGUAAUGGACCGUGUGGAGGCGUUUGACAUUGAUCGGGAUGCUGGUGGUGGUGAAUCUGAUGACAUGGUGGCUAGUGGGCAGCGAGUGGCCAAGAGCAUACGAGUCGUGGCUGAGUCAAUGCUAGAAUCUAAUUUCGGAAAAGAUAUAAUAGAUCAUCUGUUUCAAAAGUACGCAGAGCUCCUGGGGGAUCACUUGUCAAAGUUUAGAACCAAGUAUACCAGUUUGGUCAUUUCAGUCAUCAGAAAGCAAUGAUCUUAUUCAUGUAAUAUAAGAUAAUGGAGAAGUUUAAUUUUCUUUUUAUUCAGUUCACGGUCAUUUUGCGUUA